CCCACCAAAGACCAAACCAGCCACUACAAAAGCCUCCCCCUCUCCUGCCCUUCUUUCUCAGUUUCUCACUCAUCCGUCUCUGCUUCCUCGUCGCUGCAGCUCCAUCUUGGCAACACUAGCUGGUUAGCUAGCUACCCCAAGAACUUUCCAUGCGAGCUCGUAGUUUGGGACAACUCGCAAUUGCCAUCGAUUUGCAAUGUCCGACGGAGAGUUGUCCAGCCCGGCGUCGUCCGGGGGAACUUUCUCGCUGCCGCAGUCGCCAUCCGAGGCAGAGCCCAGACACGGCCGCCGGGGAGGCAAGAAGCGAGCGCGGGACGGCGGCCAGAAGCACCCGUCGUACCGCGGCGUGCGGAUGCGGGCGUGGGGGAAGUGGGUGUCGGAGAUCCGGGAGCCACGCAAGAAGUCGCGCAUCUGGCUUGGCACGUUCCCGACCCCAGAGAUAGCUGCGCGCGCGCACGACGCCGCCGCGCUCGUCGUGAAGGGCCCCGCCGCCGUGCUCAACUUCCCGGAGAUGGCCAUGGCGCUCCCGCGCCCGGCCUCCGCCGCGCCGCGCGACGUCCAGGCCGCCGCGGCGAGGGCAGCGGCCAUGGAACCAGCUCCGACGCCGGGCGCCUCUGCCCCGGCCGUCGCGGCAUUGCCCACCUCACCGCAGGUGCCAGUGGCGGGGCAGCUGGAGGAGGACGAGCUCGAGGCGAUCGUCGAGCUGCCGCCGCUCGACGAGGAUGCCGCCGAGCUCGUGUCGCUCGGCGCCGCGUCGUUCUCGUUCCAUGACGCCGCGCAAGGGUCUUGGUGCGUCCCGGAGUGGAUCGACGACGGCGCUGGCUACAUGGCGGCGGCCUACGACGGGCUGUUCGGACUCGGGCCGGACGGCGACCAUGGCUGGACUCAAUCGGUUGGUGCCCUCCUGUGGAACUUGUAAUUUCUGGUCGGUCUGCUAAUCAACUAGUGUGUAAUUAACUCCUGUCAAUCUCUUCCUCAAGAAAGCCUCCGAUCCUGUCAAUCUCUUCUCCUUCUCCUUAUAAUUUCUUCUUCUGAAUGAUUUGUAAAUAGAGAGUUGCAACAAGUUGCUAUAAUUUCAGAAAAAGGUUGCAGCUUGCUAUAUUACUGGAAAAGAAGUUGCAACUUGCUGCUGGGGUUGAAUAGUUGUGUGAUCUUUCGGCGUCUCUGUCAUUGCCUUUUUGGAAGAUCGGAACUCUUCUUCUGAAUUUGCCUUUCUCCUUUAUGGGCGCUAUUAUUGGCCUAAUGGAAAUGUACUCCCUUUGUCAAUCGAUAUAAAACUUAUUUUAAUUUUAAAA